UCAAUUUUUCAGUAAUUUUGAAAUCACUUAAUUUCUGCUGUGGAAAAUCUGAACAUAACAAGAAACGCUGCAUAUAUACAAUGGACGAUCAGACAUCAUCUGAAGAAGAAAUCACUGCUGGUAAACUCCAAACGGAUCUUACGGACUCGGGUGUGUCGAGCAGUGUCGCCUCAGACGACUCCAUAUUGAAGCACAAGGUCCUCCAACACAUGAAUGGCCUCGCUAUUGAAGACCUACAGAGCAGCUCCACACUAUCAAGCUCUCUACAGGAGGGGCUGGAGAAGACAGAGCUCCUUCUGACAACAAGUAAUCCUCUGGGCCUCUCUUCAGUCAGUCUAGAGGUGAGAACGAGUGGGGAACAGUUGAACCUUCUUGCCGAAGGCUUAGAAAGUCCCCCCGAGAGUGUAAGUGGACGGAGUCAAGAGGACGAGGUAGAGGGCACAAAGACGAGAGAAUGUGGUGAGCCACAGAGGUGUCGUGAGAGUGACAUGCAAUCCUCCUCUCCUGAUGAGACCAGUCGGUCCUCCUCCUCGCUAGGAUGCCUGGAGCCGAGGCCGUCACGUCUCUCCCCCACCUCCACACCUGUACAUCCCACACCCCACGAUCUCCUCUCACGGCUAACUACCGAGGACUGUGUGAGGGGGGAGGAGUCUUGUAGCGAUACUCACAGCCUGUCGGAUGUAGGAGGUGUUGUGGCCCCACCCACUGAGGGGGUGGACUCUCCAAGGAGUGUGGAGGCAACCAUCUCGUCUAGUCAAUCCACACAAUCGCUCAAUACUCUUUUCGGAAUACCAAAAGGGAAGAAAUCGUUUGCAUCAAUAUUCAACCGAAACAAGAUGACAUUUCUGGGUGGUGCUGACCACACCUCUCAGACAAUGGUGGCUGCCUCCUCCACCACUGGCCUUAUCCUGCACAACAGACCAGGGAGCCUCCCUGCCAAGUCUGAGGCUGAUGAGAAGCGUCACCAGCGGCUGUACGAGCAAAUGAUGAGUUCUGCAAGAAAGAAGGAGGUGGUUAAGGCAAAGGAGGAGCUUCGUCGAGAAGAGCAACGAAGGAGGAAGGAUAAGAUAAUGGAGGACAGACGAGAGGAGUGGGCUAGGAUUCUGCCAAAGUGGGAGUCAGUUUACGAGUCUCGUAAGGUCCACAACUUGUGGUGGUAUGGACUACCUCCUGGCAUCAGAGGGAAGGUCUGGCAGAAGGCCAUCGGGAAUGACCUCAAUAUCUCACCGGAUCUGUAUGAGAUCAACUUGAGGCGUUGUCGAGAGCGACUAGCAACAGUUGACAAGCGUAGCAGGAGUGACUCUGCAGCAUCUCUGAGUCGAGAGCAGAGUGUGGAGAACAUCCAUCUUGAUGUGUUGAGAACAUUUCCAACACUGGGUUUUUUUCAAGAGGGUGGCCCCUACAACCAGCCACUUCACGAUGUCCUGGGGGCAUACGCUUGUUCCCGGCCAGACAUUGGCUAUGUGCAGGGGAUGUCAUUCCUGGCAGCUGUGUUGCUACUGAACAUGGAGCCAGCUGACGCAUUCAUCUCACUUGCUAACCUCCUCAAUAGACCAUCUUACCUGGCCUUCUUCAAGGUGGACCAUGCUCUCAUGCGACCUUACUUUGAUACUUUCAAUAUCUUGUUACACAACUCUCUGCCUAAACUGAGUGCUCAUUUCUCUGCGCUUGACUUCUCUCCUGAGUACUACCUCAUUGAAUGGAUAUUCACUAUUUACACUCGCACUCUACCACUGGACGUGGCCUGUCGUGUGUGGGACCUCUUCUGUCGUGAUGGAGACUGCUUCCUCUUCAAAACAGCACUUGGUAUUCUCAAGUUGCAUCAGUCUGACCUACUGGAGCUGAACACUAUAGAGGAUGUUGGGGGGUUCCUGGGAAAGCUACCCCCCUCUCUCGACUCGGAGGUUCUGUUUGGGCAGAUUGAGAGUAUUCAUGUGACGAGCAAAAAGUUCCAACAGACACUGCAGCAGCAACACUCUAGAGACACCUCUAGAGACACCUCAAAUAGAUAGCAAUAGCAGUUUUUGGCUCCUGUGUUGUGUGUUUGUCAUGUGUACUUGAUUGUGUGUUGUUACUGAAA